CUUUCUUCGACCCCAGGCGCCUGCGCAUGCUUGGAGGGCGGAAGACGUGGACUGCAACAUGGGGGAUCCCGAGCCAGAAUCGGAGCAGAUUCGCCUGAAGUGCAUACGGCAGGACGGUUUCUUCACGGUGCCUCCGGAGGACAGGCUGGGACAGUGUCGGAGCGUGAAGGAGUUUGAAAAGCUGAAUCGGAUUGGGGAAGGCACCUAUGGCAUUGUGUAUCGGGCCCGAGACACCCAGACAGAUGAAAUUGUGGCCCUGAAGAAGGUUCGGAUGGACAAGGAGAAGGAUGGGAUCCCCAUCAGCAGCCUCCGGGAAAUCACAUUGCUCCUUCGGCUUCGUCACCCCAACAUCGUGGAGCUGAAGGAGGUGGUUGUGGGAAACCACCUGGAGAGCAUCUUCCUGGUGAUGGGUUACUGUGAGCAGGACCUUGCCAGCCUCCUGGAGAACAUGCAGACACCCUUCUCAGAGGCUCAGGUAAAGUGUAUCAUUUUGCAAGUCCUCAAGGGCCUUCAAUACCUGCACAAAAACUUCAUCAUUCACAGGGACUUAAAGGUUUCUAAUUUGCUUAUGACAGAUAAGGGCUGCGUUAAGACAGCUGAUUUUGGCCUGGCUCGGGCUUAUGGUGUUCCUGUGAAGCCAGUGACCCCCAAAGUGGUCACCCUCUGGUACCGGGCCCCCGAACUCCUCUUGGGAACAGCAACCCAAACUACCAGCAUCGACAUGUGGGCCGUGGGCUGCAUCUUGGCUGAGUUGUUGGCUCACAAGCCCCUCCUCCCAGGCAGUUCUGAGAUCCACCAGAUUGACCUGAUCGUGCAGCUGCUUGGGACACCCAACGAAAACAUCUGGCCGGGCUUUUCCAAGCUGCCUCUAGUCAGCCAGUAUAGCCUGAGGAAACAGCCAUACAACAACCUCAAACACAAGUUUCCGUGGCUCUCUGAGGCAGGCUUACGUCUGCUCAACUUCCUCUUCAUGUAUGACCCAAAGAAAAGGGCCACAGCUGGGGACUGCUUGGAAAGCUCCUACUUCAAAGAAAAGCCGUUGCCCUGUGAGCCUGAGCUCAUGCCCACCUUCCCACAUCAUCGGAACAAGCGGGCAGCCACAAGCACCACCGCCAACAUGGGGGCAGAGAGCCAGGGCAAGCGCAGCAAGCCCUGAGGCGGCCGGGGACAGAAGCAAACUAGUGGCUUUAGAGCUGCCCUCCACUCGCCGUCCUCCUUCCUCUUCGGCUUCUGGGGCCCUCUCCCAGACUCUGGGCUGACCAGAAAUAGGAGCUGCAUCCUUGGAGGAGGUCACAAGGUCAAGCUCUCCUCAUUCCUCUGCCUUAGGGGAGGUCAGGGACGGGGUCAGAUUAUUUCAUUCUGCCUCAGUUUCCUCUCCUCUGAAGCCCACCUCAGCUGCUUUGAAGUUCUGAAUUGUCCUCAAGGUCGCCGUGGCAGGUCCCCAAAAGCCAGAACCGGAGGAGCCGACUGGACUGGACUGUGGUCUGAGAGCCGGCCUGGCACAGUGUGGAUUGGCCAGCCAACCAGUAAUGAGUGUUUUCAGCCAUGAUAACUUAGGAAGACUUUCUUCUAACGGGUGGCAGGAUCACAAGUCUGCCCCUGCACUGAUGAAAUCAGAGCUCUCUGAAGCAGGCAUCAGCCUCUGCCGUGAGGCCGGCCCAGUCUUCUCACUGAAAAACAAGCAGAACUCCCUGGGUGGGUGAUGGAGCCAGCUUGGCUGGCAUGAAGAGGUGGGGGACUCAAGCAGCUGUUUGGCUCCUGGGACGUCCCAGCUUUUGCUCCAGAGCACUUGGGAGGCUCCAGGAACCUCCUGGAGUGUCCGGGAGGGCAGCCUCGCUCAUCACAUUUGGUUUCCAGUUCUCUGGGCCUAGCACACCACAGGGGGUGCAAGGACAUUCUACUCAUUUUCCUUCUCCUUCAGGUCACACCCUCAGUUGUGGUGUUAGGGCAAGGGAUUAUAUUAAUGCUUCCUCUGCCCUUUGCCCUUCUUAGCUUCUCAUUCAGUAAAAAUUGCCCCCUUUUUUCAGGUGGAUCAGGGAGGCUGAGGCACCAGGUAGGCAGAAUUGGGUGAAGAUUGAUUUGUAAGUAGUCCAGUGAGUGCUGGCCAGAUACCUGCCACCAUCCCACUGACAACGGGCGGCUCCUAGGACUCACCUCAGGGGGCCUUAGCAGACACCUCCCAGACUUUCUCUGGCUUUCUGCUCAGUGCUCCAGCUGGCAGUAAUGAGGCUGGAACAGGGAGAGAAUUUGGUUUUCCCCACCUGGAAGACAGACACAAGGUUUGGGGAGGGAAAGGAAGAAUGGGCUGGAGAGAUCUUUCCAUGUUCCAGUCAGAUCUUACCUGCUUCCUUCUUUGCAGGAGGUGAGAUCUAGCAGGGCUCUGUCCUAUGGAGUGGGGGGAGAAGCCCCCCCCCCCAAUUCAGCCACCUGAUGGUCAGAGACAAAGCUGUAAGCACUGGGGCUGUGUUCGGCCCUGAUGCCGAGCUCCCUUCAAGGGAAGGGCCUCAGGAGGUCUGGAUGUCAUUAGAGCCUAAGAUCCAGUCGUAUCCUGGUGUAAAGAACCCUGUGUGGAGUCCCUCAGCAGCCCUUCAUGCAUGUGACCAGGAACUCUGGGGACUGAUGGGGGGUAGAGACAGCCUCCUGUCCUGGAGGAGCCAAAGUCACACCCUCUGUAAGAGGGUGCUUGGGGGAAAUGGGUUUGUUCAAACGCAGCUUUUGAACAGCGUUUUAAAGACUAGUCUUUGAAUGCUACUCCUGGUGUUUGGCUUUGUGAAAUGGACUGUUCUGGAGAAUAGCUGGGAAAGGGGGAGCUAAGGGGGUGGAAGGGAGUGGGCAGGAAACACCAGAGUGGGAGGGAAGAGAAAGGAGAGAAAAUUGCCCUGUUUGCCUUUUGCUUUCCAGUGAGAGCACUGAACAGUUCCUACCAUCUAAACUGGGGUGUCAGGGAGGGAGCGGGAAAGAAGCAUCUCCAUGCCAUUAUUGAAGGCCCCAUCCUGUGAUACCCCUGUAAGACAAGGCCUGGGGAGAAGUUUUCCCACCCCUUGUGAGAAGCACUGCCCUGGCCAGCCCCUCCCUUUAGAGGAUUGGGCCGGGGGGUGGAGCUUCCCAUCUCCUCCCCUUCUCCAUGUCAGAAGGACCCCUUUAGGGUCAUGGGAUUUUAGGGUUGGAAGGAACUUAAUCAGCAAGCAUUUAUGCAGCACCUACUGUGUACAGGCCCACAACCUAAAGUCACAUAGCUCAACCCUCACUUUGCCGAUGAGGAAACUGGAACCCAGAGAGCUUGGGAGCAGCCAAGGUCACCUGGAUAGCAGCAGAGCUGGACUGAGAUUUGACCCCAGGCCCCCUUGACUCCAGCUCCAAGACACCUCCAAGCAGCCUUCCUCCCUUUCCGCUGGUUUGGUUUCGUCCUGUGACCUUGCAGCACCUAAAUUCAAGGGGGGAAACGCUGUGGGUGGUGAGUCGGGCUCAUUGUCUCACUUCGCCCAUCCGCCUGAAGUUCAGGCUGAUGUCGGCUCCGUGCUGCUGUUCCCUGAGGAGCUCAGCUCUGCUCCACUGAAGUCACCCAGGGAGGAAGGGGAGUGGGCCGUUCCUUCUCCGAUCUAGGUAGUGGGACAGAUUGUAAGCCCAGCGACUGGCCUUGAAUCUUGACCUUCCUAAGGCAGCCGGGGAGAGCUGGGAGCAGUCACAAAUCUCAAACACCAGUUUUGUUUAAGGCCCAAUGGUAAGAGCUCUGGACGAGGCCGUGCCUCUUUGCCCAGAACUCUUGCUUUGGUCAUGGGUGCUCUUCCAUGCUCUCUUGUCUUCAUCCCACUCCCCAAGCACAAAUAGGUGAGGGGAGGGAAGCGUGGGAGUGUGCAGCGGGUUUCACCUCCCCAGCAGAGAGCUGGCUUCCUUUUGCUGCUAACACUCCCUCCCACCUCUGCCCCUGGAUCCAGCAGUUACCAGGAGGACACCCUUUCUUAGAAAAGGCACCUUUGUUACGUUUCCAAAUCAGCUCCUCUGCGAAGGACCAUUUUUUCUUGAUGUAGUGGCAGGUUGGCCUUAAUCUGGGGGUGUUUUUGCAAACAGGUUUCUCCGUGGCCACUUGGGAGGGGACAGUCUUUAAAUUUGGAUGUCUCUAUUCAGCAGCCAGCCCUAUAAACUUUCUUGGUACUAUCCCCUUUUUGCUGACUCUACUUGUAAAAUUCCCCAUUUUCCUCUCAUUUCCCACACCCUGCUUUUUCUUUAAAUGCAGAUUUACCAAUAAAACAGGAACAAUUUUUUUUUAAA